AUGCUGCCUUAUGAAAUGGAGCCAUUCUUUCCUGUUUUAAUUGAAAACAAAACCUUAUUUAGAAAAAUUAAGAGAAGGCAUCAUUCAACUUAACCUAUAGAACGUAAAGCUUAAUAGCCAAUUGAUUCCUUUUAUGAAAGAUCUUUUGUAAUAUAAAGAAAAGAAUUAUAAUGUCGAACUUUAGAACCAAAAAAAUAGAUUUUCAUUUAAUAUCCAAAAACAUCAAUGAGUGGAAGAGAAAACAUUAAUGAUGAAAUUAGUUUUGAAAAAUUGAUUCAAACAUUUUUAUAAGUAAAUUCUUGCAAUCCUUCAAAAUAAUCAUCAAUAAAUAAAAAAGCCUUUAAGUUAAUAUCUCAGAAUAAAGAAAUAUAAAUUCUUGAAGAAGAACAUAAAUGUAUUCAAAUUUAUAAACUGUAAUAGCUCUCUAAUCAAGAUUUUUUAAAGAAAUUAAUUCAUAUGUAGACAACUGUAGGAAAUUUUGA